CACCCAAGCCUGGACAACGCCCCCGCUCUCUUCCAGGGCUGUGGUCCCGCCCCCUGGGGCGGGCUGGCUCUGCAGGCUGCACUGUCUUGCGCCCCGCUCCGCGGGAGGCAGGGGCACUGCGAAGUCGACAUGCAGUGCCUGGGGGUCCGGAGCGGGAGCCGCUCUAGGGAGCUCUAUCUUCAGGAGCAGAGCCUCAAGGUGGCGGCACUCAAUGGACAGAGGCUGGGCCUGCAGAAUGAUGAGGACCUACAGGCACUGCUGAAGGGCAGCCAGCUGCUGAAGGUGAAGUCCAGCUCAUGGCGGAGAGAGCGCUUCUACAAAUUGCAGGAAGACUGCAAGACCAUCUGGCAGGAGUCCCGCAAGGUCAUGCGGACCCCAGAGACCCAUCUGUUCUCCAUCGAGGACAUUCAGGAGGUGCGGCAGGGACACCGCACUGAGGGCAUGGAGAAGUUUGCCCGUGACGUGCCUGAGGACCGCUGCUUCUCCAUCGUCUUCAAGGACCAGCGCAACACACUGGACCUUAUCUCCUCAUCACCAGAUGACGCCCGGCACUGGGUGCAGGGCCUGCGUAAGAUCAUCCACCAUUCGGGCUCCAUGGACCAGCGGCAGAAGCUGGAACACUGGAUUCACUCCUGCCUGCGAAAAGCUGACAAAAACAAGGACAACAAGAUGAGCUUCAAGGAGCUGCAGAACUUCCUGAAGGAGCUCAACAUCCAAGUGGAUGACAGCUAUGCCCGGAAGAUCUUCAGGGAAUGUGACCACUCCAAGACAGACUCUCUGGAGGAUGAAGAGAUUGAGGCCUUCUACAAGAUGCUGACCCAGCGAGAGGAGAUCGACCGCAUCUUCACAGAGGCCGCGGGCUCUGCGGAGACCCUGUCAGUGGAUCAGCUGGUGGUUUUUCUGCAGCAUGAGCAGCGGGAGGAGGGGGCAGGGACUGCACUGGCCCUCUCCCUCAUCGAGCGCUAUGAGCCCAGCGAGACUGCCAGGGCGCAGCGGCAGAUGACCAAGGACGGCUUUCUCAUGUACCUGUUGUCGGCGGACGGCAGCGCCUUCGACCUGGCGCACCGGCGGGUCUACCAGGACAUGAGUCAGCCGCUCAGCCACUACCUGGUGUCCUCCUCGCACAACACCUACCUGAUGGAGGACCAGCUCACCGGGCCCAGCAGCACCGAGGCCUACAUCCGGGCGCUGUGCAAAGGCUGCCGCUGCUUGGAGCUCGAUUGCUGGGAUGGACCCAACCAGGAGCCCAUCAUCUACCACGGCUACACAUUCACCUCCAAGAUCCUCUUCUGCGACGUGCUCAGAGCCAUCCGGGACUAUGCAUUCAAGGCGUCCCCCUACCCUGUCAUCCUGUCCCUGGAGAACCACUGCAGCCUCGAGCAGCAGCGCGUGAUGGCGAGACACCUGCGCGGCAUCCUGGGCGCCAUGCUGCUGGACCGGCCGCUGGACGGGGUCACUGCCAGCUUGCCCUCCCCUGAGCAAUUGAAGGGGAAGAUCCUGCUCAAGGGGAAGAAGCUUGGGGGUCUCCUGCCCCCAGGAGGGGAAGGUGGCCCUGAGGCCACUGAUGUGUCAGAUGAGGACGAGGCUGCUGAGAUGGAGGACGAGGCAGUGCGGAGCCGAGUGCAGAACAAAUCCAGGGAGGACACGCUCAGACUAGCAAAGGAGCUCUCCGACAUGGUCAUUUACUGCAAGAGUGUUCACUUUGGGGGCUUCGCCCCGGGGCAGGCCUUCUACGAGAUGGCGUCCUUCUCUGAGAACCGUGCCCUCCGAAUGCUCCUGGAAUCGGGAAACAGCCUGGUCCGCCACAACGUGGGGCACCUGAGCAGGAUCUACCCUGCUGGCUGGAGAACAGACUCCUCCAACUACAGCCCCGUGGAGAUGUGGAACGGGGGCUGCCAGAUCGUGGCCCUGAACUUCCAGACCCCUGGGCCGGAGAUGGACGUGUACCAGGGCCGCUUCCGGGACAACGGGGCCUGUGGGUACGUGCUGAAGCCUGCCUUCCUGCGAGACCCUACCUCCACUUUCAACCCACGUGCCCUGGCUCAGGGGCCCUGGUGGGCUCGGAAGCAGCUCAACGUUAGGGUCAUCUCGGGGCAGCAGCUACCAAAAGUCAACAAGAACAAGAAUUCAAUUGUAGACCCCAAGGUGACAGUGGAGAUCCAUGGCGUGGCCCAGGAUAUGGCCAGCCGCCAAACUGCUGUAGUCACCAAUAAUGGUUUCAACCCGUGGUGGGACACGGAGUUUGAGUUCAGGGUGGUUGUGCCUGAGCUUGCCCUUGUCCGCUUCGUGGUGGAAGAUUACGACUCCUCCUCCAAGAAUGACUUCAUUGGCCAGAGCACCAUCCCCUUCCACAGCCUCAAGCAGGGAUACCGCCAUAUCCACCUCUUGUCCAAGAAUGGAGACCAACAUCCGUCAGCCACGCUCUUCGUGAAGGUGUCCCUCCAGGACUAGGCUUGGGGACCGCCCUGAGCCAGCCAGGCCCUCUGUACACACCUGGGGACAGAGCUGGUGUGGCUGUCCCCUUCCAGCCUCUCACUCGGAGCUAGAGGACCCUGUACUGACUUCAGCUCUAACAUAUUGUCUGUGCUGCUUCCUCUCCGGGGUCCUGGGAGCCAGUCAGUCCCUGGAACUCUCCUUGAUUCCGUUAGGAACACAUUGCAGCCCUCCCUGCCUUCUGGCCAGCCCUGGGUUGAGAGUUUUUUAUAAAAAUCAUGGUAAACUAA